AUGCAGAUCAUAUGGCGAGACUCGAGUGACAGCGCAGAUUAUGAACAAGCACGCGUGAACAAUGUAUUCAAUCUCGAUCGCCCCAACUACUUUCCACGGGCUGUGAUAUUAGCAACAAGCGCAGAACAUGUCAUUGAAGCGGUGAAAAUAGCACAGCAGGGGAAUUGCCAACUGGCCGUUCGAUCAGGCGGUCAUUCAAUCCAGGUCUGGAGCUUACAAGAACAUUCCAUUCUAUUGGAUUUAGGGAGCUGGAAAGAAAUCCGCGUGGAUGCCGAGUCGAGUACAGCCAAAGUCACCACCAGCGUUACCGGACAAGAAUUAAAUCAGUACCUACAAGAACACCAUGACCUGAUGUUCCCAGCAGGCCAUUGCCCGGAUGUUGGUCUCGGGGGGUUCAUGCUUCAAGGAGGUCAGGGAUGGAACUGUCGAAACUGGGGAUGGGCUGCUGAGAAGCUCCUCGCCGUGGAAGUUGUCACAGCAGAGGGCAAGCUACUCCUAUGCAAUAAAGACCAGCAUCAAGAUCUGUACUGGGCUGCCCGCGGAGCUGGGCCAUUGUUCCCCGCUAUCGCGACUACAUUCCACUUACAGCUUCUACCUUAUCCUGUUGGGUUCCGAUCAUCAGUAUACCUUUAUCCAGCGAGAAUGUAUCGUACAGCCUUUGACUGGGUUCAAUCUGUCGUACCGACCACGGACCAGGACACUGAGAUCGUAAUGGUGGCAUUUCACUCCGAGCCUGAUCGUGAGCUAUGCUUCCAGGUUGUUUUUGUCACCAUGAAAAAUAACAUUGCGGAAGCUGAGGAGGCUCUAAUGAAACUCCAUAUCGGCCAUCCUCUUGGAACCCUAUCGGAAAAGUUAUGUCAAGAGGAAAGCCUAGAGAACUUGCAUCAUGGCCAAGCAAUGGCGAGUCCAAAGUCUCUUUACUAUUACACCGACAAUGCCUUCAUUGACGAACAGGCUACGGUAACAGAAGUCCUGGAAGAUGGCUUUCUCAAUCUACCUCCGGGGAAAUCGUGGGCAUUCUGGUGUCCAAUGUAUCCACGCAGUGAACGAGUAGUCUCGGACAUGGCAAUGGUCGUCCCGUCAAAUCAUUACUUCUCCAUGUAUAGUAUUGCUGAAACCGAGGAUCAGGCUCCACGGUGUAAGGCGUGGGUGGAUGAAACUAUAGCUGGGAUCAAAAAAUACGCGGUGGGUUCAUACAUAGGCGAGGGUGAUCUCAAACAAACGCUCGAGUGGUACUGGGGUGCGCCCAAUGCUCGGCGUCUUCAAGAGGUUCGUCAGCUGUGGGAUCCGACUUCUUUGUUCUCCUCUGUGCAUCAACUUGCUAGGAGAUAA